AUGAAUGAUCCAGAGUUAAACAUGACUGAUCCAGAGUUAACCAAAGAACAUGAAGAACAAUGUGAAAUAGUCUCAUAUGAUUGGGAUGAGAUAAAUUUUUCUGAUGAUGCUUUUGUAGUUGAAUCUGACAGUGAUGGGGAAAGUAAAUGGCCUGUUUUUAGAGAAGCUACUGACAUGAAUGAUCCAGAGUUUACAUUAGGCAUGACCUUUGCCUCUAAGAAACAGUUUAGAGAAGCAGUGCAGAAUUCUGGUUUCAAAAAUGGGAAAGAUAUCAGAACUAUUAGGAAUGAUGCUUUGAGGGUUAUAGUUGAGUGUUCACAGGAUGGUUGUUCUUGGGUUUGGGAGAAUUCAAUGGUAAAAGCUGCUGUGGUUGCAAAGAGGUGGGCCAAACAAUUAAAUAACAACCCAGAAUGGAUGAUGAAAAAAUUUAGGGAUACAGUUACUAAUGAAGAGGGGUUCUAUUUAAGUGAUCAACAAGCCCACAGGGCUAUGUGGAAAGCCAAGAAACAAAGAAUUGGUGAUGCUGAAGACAACUUCAAGAAGAUAUGGAGCUACUGUGCUGAAAUAGAUAGGACAAACUCUAGGACUAGGUAUUUUGUGAAGCUCAGUGACUUGCAAGAUGGGGAAACUGGGCAGGAAAGAUUUUUAAGAAUUGGAUCAGGUGGGAUGCUUUUAACUGCAGUGGGUGUUGAUGCUAAUGACAGUCUUUUCCCACUUGCCUAUGCUAUUGUUGAAGGGGAGAAGAGGGAGUCUUGGUCUUGGUUUCUAAAAUUCCUAGCUGAAGACUUGGGGAUAACAAAAGAUACAGAACAGGACUAUACAUUUAUAAGUGAUAAGCAGAAAGGUUUGAUGCCAGCAUUUGAAGAAAUCAUACCUGGUGUGGAGCACAGGUUUUGUGUGAGGCACCUGCACUCAAACAUGAAAGUGGCAGGGUUUCAAGGGAAGGCAUUGAAGGAUGCUCUUUGGGAAUGUGCUAGGGCAACGACUCUAAAUUCUUAUACUAGUGCACUACACAAGCUUAGGGCCUUAGAUGAAGAAGCUUGUCAAUGGUUGGGUGACAAGUCUCCAACAGAGUGGAGUAGGUCACACUUCUCAUCACACACUCACUGUGAUAUGUUGGUAAACAACAUAUGUGAGUCAUUAAAUGCAGCAUUACUUGGUGCUAGGGAUCAACCAAUCAUAGACUGCCUAGAGUGUGACACCCCGUAA